GACAUACGCAAAAGCUAGAAUUGUUAAUACUAUUCUACCAGUGAUUUUCUUCCUAAGCUUUGCUCAGCAUCAAUUAGAAAAGACGAUCCAGGCCUAUAAAAUUGGUGAUCAAAGUAACAGCGUACUACGCACUUGGUCUAUUGUAUUGUUUUUUGUUUCUCUCUUUGUCAUGCAAAUUUAGUCUCCAAGACUAAUCACGAUUUUUGACUGAUCAUUUCAUCCCUAAUCUCAAAGCUCGAUCAUCAGAUUGGAUCAGUUAAGCAUGGCAGCUCCAAAUAAUCCCCAUGACGAUGUGUUGGAAUGGGUGCAAAAAGAUAAUCGUCGUUUCCUACGUGCCAAUAUCCGAGUUGGUGAUCUUGAUCGAACUAUUAAGUUUUACACAGAAUUUUUUGGGAUGAAAGUGUUGAGCAGGCAAGAUUUCCCAGAACAAAAAUACUCAACUGCAGUCGUUGCGUAUGGACCCGAAGAGACUCAUUUUGUUCUAGGGCUCACACACCACCACGAUGCAGCGGACAAGUUAGACAUCGGAACAGCCUUCAAUCAUUUUGGACUUGCAACCCAAGAUGUUUAUGGAACAGUUGAAAAAAUCCGAGCGGCAGGUGGAGUGAUCACACGUGAACCAGGGCCAAUUGCAGAGGGUGGGAGGACCAUCUUUGCCUUCGUGAACGAUCCCGACGGCUACAGUUUUGAGCUCAUCCUCAGGCCCCCAACUCCAGAACCACUGUGUCAAAUAUGUCUUAAUGUGACUGAUAUUGAUCGUUCAAUUGAAUUCUACCAAAAGGCAUUGGGAAUGAACCUACUAUUGCCAAAGUACGACGCUUCUCAGUUCCAGUAUACUAUAGCGAUGGUGGGUUAUGGUUCCGAUUUUACUCAGACGACGAUUAUCGAGUUGAAAUAUAACUAUAAUGUGACAGAGUAUACGAAAGGAAAUGGAUAUGCAAUGCUUGCUAUCGGCACUGAUGAUGUAUACAAGAGCGGAGCAGCUGUUGAACUGGUUAACAAGGAACAUGGAGGGGAAAUAAUUCGACCCCCGGCUGUAAAUCCCAAAACCAACACCAAAAUCACCUGCUUCCUUGAUUCUGAUGGGUUUGAAUCGGUAUUGGUAGACAAUCAAGACUAUGUUGGCUUUCUUGGAAAAUCAAAGGAUGAGUGAUGAAGCGAAAUGCCUAGAAUUCGUUUGGGGUGUGUUGCUCAUAUGUUUCUAUUAAAUAAAGGGAGACUUUCAAAUAUGGCAUUUUGCCAAAAGUUACGGGAAUGCCAUCUUUGUAAUAGAGUAUGAGACCAUCUUUGGGUGCCAUAUUUGGUAAUUCCACAAAGAAGUGUCCUGUUACAAAUAACAAAAUGAAGUCCCGUACAGAAAUGUA